AAAAGGUUCCUUUACAUGUCGGGAAUUAGUACCGACUGUCUCUAAUUGCCCUGAUACCUCGCCAUGGGCUCUGAAAUGGAUACCUUUGCGGCCCGCUUAGCCAGCUUUGAUAUAGUGCUGAAGCCGGAGAAACGCAGAUCUUCCGGCACAAAAACACCCAAAGCGAUUACAUGGCCGCACCAGCGACCUUCACCGGCUGAGUUAGCACACGCCGGAUUCUACUACAAACCAUACGAGACAAAUCCCGACAACACAACAUGUUUCGAGUGCCACCGGGCGCUGGAUGGCUGGGAGGAGGACGACAACCCCGUCACAGAGCAUCUCAAACAUGCUCCCGACUGCGGAUGGGCCAUUAUGAUGGACCUCCAACAGAGCAGCUCCAACCCCGCCUCCAUUGAAGACCCUACGGGCGACAGGAUUACACAAGCGAGACUGUCAACAUUUGGUACGGCAUGGCCUCAUGACGGGAAAAAGGGCUGGAUAUGCCAGUCAGAGAAGAUGGUCGAAGGCGGUUGGUAUUUCUGCCCUACAGACGACAGUAAUGACCUGGCCAGCUGUGUCUAUUGCAAGUUGUCUUUGGAUGGCUGGGAACCUAAGGAUGACCCAUUUGACGAACACUAUCGCCGGUCCUCUGAUUGUUCAUUCUUUGUCUUCGCCCAGCCACCAGGAAAGAAGAGCAAAACCACUCGUGCCAAGAAACCUCGGGUUUCCAAAACUUCCUCCCGUCUUUCAACUCAAUCUGUUGAUCCAGUUACAUCCGAAACGCCUGGUAUGGAAAUGGAUGACUCCAUGGACCAUAGCAUCAUGUCCCAAGCUACAACAAAAUCCAAAUCUACAAAGAAGGCACCCAAGAGCAAAUCAAAGGGGACCAAGACUAAGAAGGAAGAAUCAGCGGAGGUGGAAAGCCAAGUUGAAGCCAACGUUGAAGAAUUUGCCCAACCAGAGCCUAUCAAACCCAAACGUGCAGGCAGAGGAAAGAAGAGGCCCAGUGAGGAUAUCAAGGAUGAACCAAACCCAAUUGCCACCCAGGAAAGAGACCAAUCGCGGCCGCCAGCAGAACCCCCGGCGAAGAGACGCGCUACAAGAACACGCAGCAGCAGCAUCGCUCGCAACUACAAUUACGAACAUAGUGACUCUGCCAUGGCCGAUGCAGAGCCAGUGAAUGACGCUGCUUCGGAAGAAGAAACUAGCAGAGGUCGCAAACCCACGAAAAAGGGAACAUCCAAGGCCCGCAAGGUCUCCGAUGUGCCUGUUGCAUUAAAAGCCCCACCAAAGGCGCGAGCCCCUCGUGACUCGGAGAUCGAAGCAGAAAUUGAAGCAGGCCUCGAAGCAGAUAUCCCUGAACCUGCGCCACCCGAGCCUGAGGUCGAGCCGACCAUACAUGAUCAAGUAGAGGAAAUUAGUGAUCAUGAGAACCGUUCAGAUUCUCAUGUGCAACCGGUUGAUGAUGAACCGGAGGCACCUGAACUGUCAGCCCCAAAGACCAAGGUGGCAAAAGCAUCCAAGAAAAAGGGGACAAAGAAGACUAAGACCGAAGAGACGAUAAAAGCACAGGCGCCAGAGCCGCGAGAAUCUUCAGAACCUGGGGCUCCCCAUGCUCGGAAUGAUUCCGAGUGUCACGACUCCUUCAUCUCUGUCGAGAUUGUCAACAAGGAGCCGGAGGAUGCACCAGAGCCUGAAGGACCGAUGGACAAGGCUGAAUCAAAGAAGGGUUCUAAGAAGAAGCAUGCUACAUCAACCAAAGAGAAAAAGCCUAAGAAAUCCGAGAAAAAGGCAGAGCCAGCUCCAGUUCUUGAACCCACAGUCGAAGAAUAUCGCGUUGAGCCGUUGGCUGAGGAACAUGAUGAUGAAUUCGAGACUGCAGAUGAUUUACCUGACCAACUUGAGAUGAUCAACCCACCCCAGGAGCCUUCUCCCCCUCCACAAGAAACGUCUCCCGAGCCACAAUCUCAUCGGAAGACACCUAGUCUACCGCCAAAGACCGCCAAACGGUAUAGCGAUAUUCCACACGAAGAGCACCAUGCAGAGACCCUAGUCCAAAGCCAGACCUCCGCCCACGAAGUGGAUGACUCUCGGCGGGAUUCAAAACGCUCUAAUCGGGCAGUUUCACCACUUCCGCCCGCUCACCAAAACACUCCCUCGCUAUCACCUCAGUCAUCAGAUGCCGAAAACCGGCCUCCAUCGUCGCGGCCCUCAGCAUCCCGUCCACCUGUUCAAUCAACACCGAAGCAUCCCGAGUUCCGAGCCUCUCUGGCAGUUAGCACCCCAUCACCGUCCAAGCGCAACGCCAAUGGUGGAUUUGGACCUUCCGGCCAGCCAUGGACACCGGUGGAUAUUGAUGAAGUGCUGUUCGGAGAGGCUAGCGACAAGGAAAAUGCAGAUUUAUCUGGACUUUUCAACGGCGUGAAAGCUGGCUUGACCAGCCCGGAGAAGAAGAUGACAGUCCAAGAAUGGAUUGCGUGGAACGCAAAGAAUGGCGAAGAACGGCUGAAGAGAGAAUGCGAGCGACUUGUUGGUCAAUUCGAGAAGGAAGGUGGCCGAGCAAUGCAGCGACUCGAAGGCAUCGAGUGCACCGACUGA